AUGGCUUCGACUACGGCGGCAUUAUCAUGGGAUAUAGGGAUUCUCUCAGACUGUUACAAUGCCGUGAAGUUCCUGGACAAUGUACCUGAGCAGAUCGAUGCUUUGCUUGGGACCGAUUUAAGGAAUUUACUUGUUGUUCCCGGACGCUCCGAUACCGCCAGACAGAAGUUGGCUAAAGCCGAGAGCGAACCAAUCUCAUUUUCGGAUGGGCUGCAGUUCAAAUUGAACAAACCCUUCAUAGAAAGCGCAUAUCUUCUUGCAACAGAGCUUGAUUUAGACGAGAUGGCCACCGCUGAAUUGUUGCAGCUGGCUCAAAGUGAAAGUUUUGCUAAGGGUUCUCGUCUUGAAGAUGCUGGAAUCUUGGCUUUCUUUCGCAGAUAUGACUACAUUCUCAAUAUUGUGGGUUACUUGUUGACCAACAACAAAGUGCACAUGUUGUAUCCAACUCAAGAUCCUGGCAAGGAACUCUUCAAGAAUUGCCUCGCCAGUUUCAAAAAAUUAUACUCUUUGAUUCAGAUCCAGAAUGACCAAAUCGAUAAGCAAAAGGCCACUGCGGAUAUCAAUGACUUGGCGUUUGUCAAGAAAGUAUCAUUCGUCAAGCAACAACUAUUCCUGAUUCACGAUCUUUUAAGUCAGAUAUUAUAUUUUAUCAUCGAUUCAUCACCAAACUCACUCCUUACUUACGACGCUUACAGUACAAUCAUCAAGCAUGUCAAUGAGAAUAUCACCAGUGACUCAGACGUUCUACUCUUGCAUUAUCUUCCCGCUCUUUUGCGCAUUGUGACAGGGCUAGGUGACAUGCCCGAGAAGGAGGUUUACAUAAUUCAUGAAAAACUCGCUACAUCCCUUCUGACCGACUAUGCAAAAAUUAAAGAGAAUGACAGUAUAGACUUGUCAAAGUCGUCCUUGAGACCUUACGAUCUUUGUUCACGUUUAUUCUAUUUUGUUACUUUGAUUCCAUGGUGUAAAGAGUCCAGUGACAGAACAAGAAAGCUAGACUUCAAGAGGGAUAUUCUUCAGUACAUUGAGUGGCUCAUCAGCUACGGAACUUCAGAGCAGUUACUUUCAUAUGCAGCUGAAACUGCAUGUCCUGAAACGAAAUUUCUUUUAGAAGAGAGUGAUCUCUACGAUUUUAGAGCUCUUUUACAAAGAUCUUUUCCACUGUUGGAACCAACAAAGUUCUUUUACUCGGGUAACGAUGAAUUGCUUCAUGCUGUUAAGGUAAAUCCUCAAUUAACAAAUGUGGCAAAGCUUUGUGACUUUUCCAGCUUACAAAUCUCGAGGCUGAUUGCUGACGAUAUUCUUGCACCAGCAUUUCACGCUUUCUUCACCAGUUUCGUAAAUCACGCUGCUAUAGUAUUGACACUGCUUCGUGACAGUGAAGAAGAUUAUUUACUAUCCUUGAAUAAAAAAGAGAUCGAGGUUGCUUCAGUUCGUGUAAAUGGCUUCAACGAUCACUUUGAUUCAUCGCGGGGUUUAAGAAGAGAUUCUGAAGCAUCUUCAAAUACAUCACAAGACUUACAGGAGAUCGCCAGUCGCGCGGAUCUUGAAAGGCUCUACAUGGCAUGCGUAUAUGUUUACAAUAACAGACCCGAUCUUUGCGCAGCAUUCUGGGCUUCGGAUGAUUCAAAUGUUGCAGGUUUUAUCGACUGGGGUAUAUCCAAGAAUACUCUGCCACUCAUCACGGCAACAUUCUGCUUUCUUUUGGGUGGAUUGACUUCUGAUGGGCCCAUGUCGAGCUUUCGGGUGUGGGAUAUUCUUGUCAACGCUAACACAUUCAGAAAAAAUGACUAUCUGCAUGUUUCCCUUGAUUCGAUCAUCAGCUCAUUGACAUACUACAUUAAUGCUCUCAUGGAAAAUUUGGAACUGGACUUAAGUUCCAGGUCAAGAAUGGAACAACACAAACAGGAAUUUCUUUUUUCUAGCAGUCAUAUCAAGAGGGCUGCGGAGGGUGAUGCUUAUGACCCAAUCCUGCUUUCGGAAGACUCCGUGGUAUUCAUUGCAGGUUUCAUCAUGCUCAUUUCUCAGUUGAUAAGAAAUGUUGGAGACGAAUCAUCAGCUUCAAAAAGCUUAAGGAGGACGGCAUUUGAUCUGUUUCAUCCUAUUCUUGUUUCGUUUCUCAAAUUUGACAACUUGGUAACCAGCGCCAAAGGAUCACUCAAUCAAACGAGAAGCUCGAUGCCUGUGGAAUUGAGUGACGAGAAUAGAACGGUUCUCAUAAAUUUGAUUAUGCACUGCUUGAAGGAGUUUGCCAAUACCGAAGAUUCCAGUAUAAGAGCUCGAAUCUGGGAUACUGUUGAUCGCUGGAUCUGUCAUGCUCUUCACGAUACUGAGAGUUCAUCGGAUAGGCAAAGAUAUAUUGGAGGAACUUCACUGCAGGCAGCCCUCUCUGACUCUAUUAAAUCCGAGCUACAGAAGCUUAAGACUUGCUUCAGGGGUAUACCAAUGAAGCAGGGCUUCCAAUUAACAUUCACGAAGAUUUCCGAGGUUUCCAACUUUGUCCAAUUGCUUAGUCAGCUUCUCGAGCCUACAGGAAAUACCAAAUACGGUUUCGAGUGUAUGGAUCUUCCAUAUCCAUCCAAUCUCGGGUCAAAUUAUAGAUUCAGUAAUCAGAUCGGUGUUUGGCCAUAUUUGGAGUAUCUCCUACUUGAAGUCUUCACGCAUACGCCUGAUCUAGAAGACGACAAAUUUAAAAUUAGCUUACAAAGCACUACCCUCAGCAUAGUCGCAAAGGUGUUGGCAGAGGUAGACUGGGAGUUUUUGGUAGAUAAAGCUCCCCAUAUUUUUACCGAGACUGCCUCUGCAGAUGAACUCUUCGUUUCUGCAAAACUUGCGAAUGGAGAAGACAUUGCGCUUUCCUUCCAAACCUUUGUCAGACUUCACCAUUCGUUAGCUGCCUUGAAUUACCUCUUCGAGGACAAGCCCUCCACAGUCUUAUUUUCAAUUGUGAACUUAGGAACAGACGCUCUUCGCGGGAACGCCAGCUUGCAAUCUUUAGUUGGAACAGCUUUGAAUAUCGUGGAUAGUAUUUUGAAGCUUCAGGAUGUCUAUAUUCAUCGCCUUCUUCCCCUUCUAAAAAAUUCAGACGUAUACGCGCUGUCGGAUGCAAAAAAGCCAAUUGGAUAUAGUACUAGUUUAAGUCUAGUGCUCUCUGCACCAAAGGCCACCCAUGAAAACGUGUACUAUCCUACAGACUUGGGCACGCAUGGAGUGAACGAUUUCUACGAAUUGUUGUCUUUCAAUAUAUUGAGUGUGGCGCAUCUUGCCUUGUACGUGGGCUCGGAUGAACUGUCGAUUGCCGAGACAGCAAUUAAAAUCUUGCGGAAACUUUCAAAAUCGCAAGUCUUCAGCAAGGAGAGUUCUUUAUCGAAGAAUCUCUCUUUGCGCAACACUAGGCUCUUGAGCAUCUUCGAGAAUGUUGACGAAUCUGUCAGAAUACGUUACGCUUUUGUGCAACAAAUGGAGUCUAUUACGGAUUCAUUGCAGGUAAAGUAUGCCAUCUUGGAAUUCUUAAUUUCGAAUUUGCCAGAGACUGAUGAUAUCACGGUUGCUCAUUUCUUGUUAGGAUUCGAAACCCGCGAUGGCAGCCUCAAGCUCAAUGCAGACGUAAACGAUCUUUCUCUUUUGAACAGCUUGAUCAUCUUGCUCAAAUCUACCGUUGACUUGAUUCAUGAUAUUGAUUAUAGCCAAGGAUAUGUUACUCGCAUUGGGCUUGGCCCCUCAAAAUUAUCCUCAAUGAUCAUGCAGAUUUUGGUCAGAUUGAGCAGGAACCCUUUGAUAUCGAGUAUUACGUUGCAACACAUUAGAGAACACGAUUUGUCUGCAAAAUUACUCGAUGCCCAACCAAAAAUAGACGACUCUACGGUGUGGCACGACAAGAAGUUUCAAGGUAACUUACAGGACGGAACGCCAAAUCUCUUUGUGGAAGACGACUUAUGUCUCGAGACAUUCUUUGAAUUCAUCAAGUAUAGGACCAUGGCCCUACAGUAUUUAUCAUUAGAAGUUCACGACAUCAAAUCCGUCAUUAGAAAGGAAGAGUAUGUUAGACUUCUUCUCAACGACACCGAAGUAUUCAAUGGAACGCCGAAAAUUCUCAACUUUUUGGACGUUCUCAAUUAUCAAUUUUAUAACUUUGAGUCCCACAAAUUGUUGGAGUUUGAACAGAGAUACAAUCUUGCAUUUUUGAUUCAAGAGUUGAAGCAAGAGCGUCAGAUGAAGAAUGAAGGCGAGAGAUUGUUGAGCAGAUUGGCUAGUGUACGUUGCCAGACAGCAUACCAGAGGCUUCAGACAGAUGAUGAUAAGUCAAACUUUGCCGUGGAGACCAUGGGUGAAGUUACUAGGAUUGAUGAGCUCUUCCAAAAGAUUUUUGUCGUGGAUGAGCUUAAGGGACAUCAUUUGCGAUGUUUACAAUCAUGGGUUCAAAUUAUUCAGGUUUUAAGCAGUGACGGGGUAAUUGAUCGAGCCGACUUUAUUCUCAAAGUUUUCCAGUAUAUCCUUCCAAAAAUCAACAACGAAUAUUACGAGAGGGACAUUAUGUUUGCUGAAGAACUCAUAUCGUUAUGCAUGCUCCUAUUCGACAUGUAUGAGGAGGAUUCGAUCAAGAAAGCAACAACAACACCUGAAGCACUGAGGAAUGGCAGUGAGAUGCACUUGCAGAAACUACUUCCGCUUUUUAAAACUUGCGUCAACGGAGUGCUAUGCAGCAACUCGACACCAGCGUUGAGAUCAGAUUUAUAUGUUCUACUCAACAAGUUCACUCAACGUACAACAGCUUCUGGGAUUUUGCUACAAGAGAUUUUAUCAGUUCUUCGAUCGGUGGACAAAAAAUUUAUUGAUGUUAUUUGCAAUGAUUCCAUUUACUCAGAGGGAGCUCCUCGCAUUACGUCAAUCAUUUUGAUGGAGACCCUUAUAAACUCAUCAAUGUUAGAGAGACUGACUUCUAUUUUAAAUGCUAUUGUGGAGAACAACUCUUUGUCACUUUACGCCCGGCUGCUCAAACGCACCGGGGAACUCUUUGAGGCUUGUGAGAAAAGUGCGGAGUCAGGAAUAAGCGUUGACACUUUACUAUACGAGCUUACGGCUUUCAAAGCAACGCUCUACCUCUUAAUCCGCAUAGCUCAAUCUAGGGAUGGAGCUUCACAGCUUUUCCAGAAUGAGAUUUUCUCCAUCAUCCGGCAAUUAAGGUUUCUUAAUGUUGACUCCGAUUUGGGUUUAGACCUCCACAUUGAAGCCGGACCAAAUUCCUCUUUGGAACAUGCCAGUGCCACGCGUAUCGGAACGGCGGUAAACGGCAAGGAUGAGAGAGCUACUGCACUGAUUACAUUGACUUUGGAUCUACCCGUGUCGCUCGUAGACAAAACAACGAAACGCGAGGAGGAGAAGUUGCAAACAAUCUCGUACUAUGAAUUGCUCGUUCCCGCUUUUCAAUUGGUAGCUACAGUGAUAUCCGCCAUGGGCCCAUCGUUCCAACCAGGUCUCAUGCAGGCUAAAGAGUUGAUGCAACACUUCAGAGGACUCGUUGUCGGUGUGAUGAAGAGAGAUGAGCUCAUGGAUAAAGGAGAAUUGAAAAAUUACGAGGAGAACGAUCGGCUCUCUCUGGAGGGGCUUCGGCAGUUGGCGAAAUUAUUUGUGCUCGUAAAUACCCUUGUUGAUGGUGCAGCACAUCAUGGAUGA